GGCGGGAAGAGGCACAUGUGGGUGGGAUGUGGCUGGAUAUGGGUAAGUGUGGGCGGGGCAGGACGGGGAUGGGCGGGGCAGAGGUCGAGGCGGGGGUCGGGGCGAGGCGGGGCGGGGCGGGGCAGGUGCAGGCGAGGCAGUGUACGCCAGGUGGUGACGGAGGCAGGUGAACCAGGCAGAGACUCCCUCAUGAAUAUCAGCGCAGGCAGGAUGUCGUUUCGGGACAAGGGCGUGAGGAAGGCGUGCUGGGAGUCGAGGGACCGCUACUGGGCCUGCCUCGACCUGCCGGGCAUCCAGCGGGACCACUGCAUGGAGCUGCGCCGCCUCUACGAGGUGGCCUGCCCCGGGCACUGGGUGAAGCAUUUUGACCGCAAACGUCAGUAUAUGGAGUUCCAGGAGCGAAUACACUCGGUAGGACUACGGGAGCCGGCCACGCUGUCGUCCUGCCCCCCCCUUGACUCCUCCCUCACCAGAAGACACCGCGUGUACAGCGAGGUCGUGUUCACCUAGCGUCUGCCCUUCGCCGCAACGCCUCCUCCCUCUCUCUCCAAAACCUGACGGGGACAUCUUAGCUCUAGUGCAGCCCUGCACACGCACACACACAGACACACACACAUACAACAGCUUCAAUAGUCUUCAAGAACCACUGCUGGUGUCAUGCUACCGUCCAACUCAACACAAAUUUCACUCUAUCCACGAUUUUGCUUAGUUGUUUAUCAAAGCCACGCAGCAGCAGCCCCUUAAAGACAACACACGUGGUGAUAAAUUAUAUUAUGGUAACACUCUUGAGGCGCCGCGCACACGGUGUCUCCUGUAGCAGUGCUUGCGUCUUGUCGCUUCCUCGCCUCCUAGUGUGACCAGCAGCAGUCCAGCAGGUAGUGCGUGAGCCCCGCUGCUACGAGGUCCACGAUAGCCAUUAGUUCAGACAGCUACUACAACGUCUUUUACUACUUCUACUACUGCUACUGCUACUACAAUGUUCAAUAGCUCCUGUAGGUUAAGGCUCUAGGACAUAAUAUAGCCCACUUUGUGUUUAUAAUUAUGUGCACAUAUAUUUUUUAACGGUACGGAUUGUCAAUAUUUUUAUUUCGUCUUUAUUAUUAUUUCACGUUCUCGAGGCACCUUAAUGUACUGCUUCCUUCUGUGUCUUCCUGAGGCUACUGGGCGGCUCAGCGAGUGUGUUCAGUACCCACAAGGCUCGUGCUUAUGUGAUAUUUGACAAGCCCCGCCGUCGCCCCCACACCGCCGCGCCCGCCGUGUCGCGCGUGGGGGCGGAGGCGUCGGGCAUGGGAGGGCCGGUGAGGGUGUUCCCCGUGCCGGGCAGGUGUGGGGGCGCUGGCGUGCCGCGCCCUACGCCCCGCGGACGCGCGGGGACCCUCGUGACCUGCCAGGGUGGAUGGUUGUUACAAGUCCUGUACAUGUUUCGUCGGUCCGUCGCUGAGCUGCGUGUGAGUGAGUGUGAGCUUUGCAACACACGCCGGGUGUUGCCAGUGCCGGGGUGUUGAGGACAUGCAGGGGCGCCGACCCCGCGCCGCCUGAUGUUAACUCUUAUUCACUAAACAAUAUUUGUUUUAUUACCAUAAUGACUUAAUUCUGCGUCAUACCAUUGUAUGACUGACUCCCAGACGACCGGCGUCCCGCUGGCCCGCGGCACCCUGCGCUGCGCCCUCAGACGUACGCCAAGGUGUCGUUACAAGGCCAGACCGCCACCACAUCAUCAGCAUCAUCAGCACGGGACACUCGGCUACGUCAGCUUACAAUCAAGAGUUUCUAAAGGUGGAUGCUAUAUUUUCCCAAACAAACAACAUUAGCAACAUGCUUUCCGAGGAAACAAGAACACGGAAAUAUUCUAUUGUUGACCAAAUGCCAAGAGUCAUUGCCAUAAUAAAACAUAAGUGAAAA